AUGGCCACCAUCAAUAUAGCACGGCGAGACUCAGCCAGCUCUAUGAGCGGUGUCGCCCUCGCCGGCGUUCUCAUAGGAGCCACGCUAGUCCUCAUAUUAUCGCUGGUUCUGUUUUCGAGGUACGAGAGCUGGGCAAAAAAGCGGAGGAAAAGACCACAGCGGACUCCAGCGACGAGCGAUGAUGACGACGUCGCACCAGUAUCCUGGGCCGGGCUGCUGUUCAGCAAUGCAAGGAGUCGACAUAAACCAAGCCUUGCCAAGCUGCAUCCCCAAGCCCUCUCGAUGGUUGAGACCGACUCUUUGAGAAUCAAGACGCAUGUCAAGCGCGCGGAAGACAGCCAGGCUACGGUGCCCACAACCUUCCUCACCGUCGCCAUUAUCGUCAUCGAGGCAAACGGGAUCAUGCUGAUCUGA